AUGAUUCGCUUGGGGUCAAUCUAUACUUCCCAAGGACGAUGGAAAGACGCAGAAGAGUUGCAGUUGCAAGCGAUCGAUGUGAGCUCAAACAUGGGGAUGACCGUGCCGGAGAGAAUGCUCGUUAUGAGCCACUUGGCUUCGACUUACUCCCAUCAAGGACGAUUGAGCGAGGCCGAAAGAUUGCAAGUGCAAAUCAUGGAAGCAAACAUAACGCAGAUUGGCCGAGAAGAUCCUAUGACUCUGAAUAACAUGGGAAGUCUAUCGCUAACAUACAUGAGGCAAGGACAGUGGAAAAAAGCAGAAGUGUUGGCGUUGCAUGUGGUAGAUACGAGACAGACAAGCCUGGGGCCAGACCAUCCCUUUACAUUGGCCAGCAUGGGUAACCUGAUGAAGGUAUACAAAGGACAAGAACGAUGGGAAGAAGCAGAAAGACUCGCGCUACAAGUGGUGGACAAGCAAAAGAAGAUAUCGGGCGAGAGCCAUCCAAAGACACUCAGACCCAUGCGCGAUCUGGCAGUAAUAUGGCAUGCACAGAAAUCACACAAAGAAGCCUUGAUUCUGAUGUCGAAAGUUGUUGGCCUUUCCGAGACAGCCUUAGGCUCUGGCCACCCUGACACGACAAGCCGCAAACAAACUCUUGAUGAUUGGGUUUCCGAAGCCACCCAAUACCCACCGGCAGGAGAUGAUGAAGGGGCGAGAACGAUUCCAAUUUCGCAUGGCACAGGUAGCUUAGUACGUGAAGGGCUUACAGAAACCUCUCAUGUAACCAUAGGAUCUAUCCAAAUCGUUGACUGCGCUGCCGCAUACAGAACAUAUGCAGGAACAGGAAAAUCAGACUCGCGGAGAAGAGAAAAGUUGGACGCUUUCGAAAGACAAUUUGCUUCUCGUAAUGCCUCUGACAAUGUACCACAAGGCUUUGAUCAAAGGGCACGACAAGUCAGAGAUUUACUAAUCGAAUACGGAGUCGACUGGGCUUAUUAA